AUGCAGUCGGACAACGGCAAUGCGACCCCGGAUGAGGCUAUGGAUACAGACAUGGACGUGGACGGCGAUGUGGACGAUGCGCAUGCAUCAAGUGGGGAACAAGCUGAACAACCCAUGCAGAACCCGGGCCAGGUGCAAUGUUCAGUUUGCAGCAGCAAAUUUCGUCGACCGGAACAUCUGAAACGCCAUUUGCGCAGUCAUACCAAGGAAAAGCCAUUUGAAUGCGCUCAAUGCGGUCGGCACUUCUCUCGAACAGAUACCCUUCACCGUCACGAAUUGAGUCACCAUAACCCAGGAACUGACGGAAGCAAAGACCGUACACAUCGCAUUACCGUCAAAACCUUCCGCGCGUGCUUCAGUUGUGCGACAGCCAGAGUCAGAUGCAGUGGUGGUAUGCCAUGUGGACGAUGUGAAACGCGAACACUUGAAUGCCAGUACCCAACCGAGAGACGUUCAAAAGCAAGGGCCAGAAAUGGAGCACGGGGACCCUCUGGAUCAGGAGCGCAUGAAUCGGAGCCCCAGUCUCCUACCCGUCCUGCUCGAGCCCAAAGGAAUAAUUCGACUGUUCAGGUGGAACAAGCGACGUCUUACCAGCUCGCGCAAUUUUCGGUGAAUGGUUUGAAUGAUCCGCAGAUAGCAUCGAAGCCCUCGAUUGUCCCAUUCCAAAAUACGAUCAACACUCUUGCGGAGAACACACCGUCAGAUGGAAGAGGCUCAGUAUCAGGGCCCCCAGAUCCCAGACUUUAUUUGCCACCGUCCAACCCUUCAUCAUCUACAGGGCCCUUGCCAUUAUCGGCGUAUCAAAAUGGAGAAUAUCAUGGAACGUCAAAUCCCGAUGUUCCCAAGAUAUUUUCUGUUGAGACAGCAGCUGGCAUUGGCCAUGAAAUGAGGAAUACACAGCCUGGUAUACCGAACUCGGGGGCCGAUAUUGAUAUGGACAUGACCGAGAACCCGGAGAUUAACCUGGAUUUUGACCCCUCAUUCUUCGAUCAGUCUAUGCUAUCUACCAUCAAUUGGCUUCCUAACGAGCUCUUUGCUGGGCCCACAGCUGGUGACCAGAAUCAAACCUCUAGGGCCCCUUCGCAAUUCUCUCAACCAACUCUUCCAGACAGUUACAUACCUCACAUGGCAUGGCACCCACCAAUCGUCCACGCUGAUCAAAUUAGUACCUCCGUCCAUGAAAAUAUCUCUCAAACCCCGUCUGGACAUCUCUCUCUUGGCACUGACUUGGGAUCCCCAAAACGCCGGCCAUCUCAUGUUCCUAGCGAGGCAUCUCCCCAUUCUGAAUCAGUAGAUUCAACAAAACGCUCCGCAGACUACUAUGUAGAUGGUGGUGGCGCGCGACUUCCAAAAUACAGAAAGCGACAGGCAAAUUGGUCAACUUCAUCUGCCGAGGUGAAUUCUACCAGGGAGUCUCUUUACGGGACAAACUCACGUCGUUUUGACUUCCCCACGGCACAUGAAGUCAACAUGGAAAGCAUUUCCGAUGAAAUAAUUUACUCCGUUCGACCAAUCGAAUCGACGACCUAUAACGAAAUAUACCGCAAUUUUAUUCUGCUUUGCCGGAGCGAGAAUCCAUUUUUCGAAAUGUUCGAGUCUGACAAUUUCCCGUCGGCUGAAGAUUGCACUCGGUACCUUAUCUGCUAUUUCGAUUCAUUUCAAGCAGUAUAUCCUAUGCUACACCUUCCAUCUUUCAACCCUAAUCAGUGCUAUUGGCUUUUGACCCUUGCUCUUGUGGCAAUUGGCUGUCACAGUUCAAGCAGCCCCAUGGCAGAUCAGCAUACAGCUGCUUUCCAUGAGCUGAUUCGGCACGCUCUUCAUGUUGAGAAAGAACGUUACCAUCCUGGUCAGGACUCCCUUGAUCUAAUCCAAGUAAUGUUGCUCAACUGCAUUGGCCUUCUCCACAGUGGAAGCGAGCGAGCCAAAGCCUCCGCAUUAAGCUCCUUCAAAGAUCUUGUGACUCUUAUGAACCGUGAAAAACUAUUGGGGAUGUCAAAAUCGAGCAACUUCCAAGGCUCUUCCGAUGAUGCUAAAUGGAUAAACUGGGUCCAAGAUGAAGUUCGAAGACGAACCGGUUACUGUAUUUGGCUUCUGGACUGUACAAUUGCCUAUUACUUUGACGAUCGCCCACUCCUAUCCCUGGACGACGGACAAGCUCCGUUGCCCGCGCAUGAGACGCUUUGGCACGCUAAAUCUGCGGAGGCGUGGAAACAGCUAUGGGAAAAUCCAACCAAUGAUUUCCAUUCACCAGGUCACUCUCAAACAUCAUCACGAAACUCUCCUUAUACAGUCAAUGAGUCCUUGUAUGAUGCGGUACAUAUACUUUACAUUGAAAAGAGGUUGGUGUCUGGGAUUGGAGAAUUUAGUCAUAUUCUUCUUAUACAUGCUCUUUAUCACCGCAUGUGGGAAGUGGGUGAUUAUUUCCGCCGACCUCUUUCUUUCUGGAACCCGACCGCCAAAAAGCAGUCUCGUGAGACUGCCAUUCCAAUAGGCUCUGUCUGGCUUCCAGGGAUCCCAUCAUAUUCUAAAUGGCGCAACAGCGCCUGUGACUGCCUUGACAUUCUUCACUGGACUGCUAACAGCACUAUCGCCAAAGCUGCUGGGUUAGAGCAUCCCACUGUUCUCCACCUUCAUUCCGCACGCCUUGUAUUACUAGCACCAUUUCGAGAGAUACGCUCGCUAGCUACCUCACUGGCAUCCAACAACCUACGAUGGAGUAGGCGAACUCAAGCCAUAGAAUGGCAAUACAUAUGGCGUUGGAUACGUCAUGAUCAGUACAAAGCUCGUCUAUCAAUAAUUCACGCCGGAGUGACUCUUUGGCACGUGCGACGAUACUCCACCAAUGCAUUCCAUGAGCCGGCAGCUGUGUUCAUCGCCGUGUUGACACUAUGGGCGUACGGAUCCUGUUACGCGCAUGGUCCAAUGGAGUCCAGCCCCCAUUCACAAGGGUCCCGAGGGCCACCGUCGCAGGAACCGAGUUUCAUUCAUCUAGAUCGACCGUGUGAUGAUGAGCUGGUCCAGCUUUUUGUGCGAGAGGGUCACUCGAUGAGAGGCAAUAUCACAGGCGUAGGAGACAUUUGUGCGCCCGAAGGCCCAGAGCGAGUACUUCAAAUUGGCUCUGAAAUAUUAUCUAAUUUGACAGCAUGGGGUAGCUCUAAGAGCUUCAUUGCCAUUCUAAGCCGCCUGGCUGAUAUGGUGGUCCGAAACCCAGAUGCGGAACAUAGCCGCAAUGGGAAUGCGGAUCCUCGCUAA